GCGCGGGGAAGUUUGAAAGUUGAUUGCUUUUCGGUGCACUCUGGAGGUCAUCUCGUCUUUCAAGUAUCAUAAAUAUUGUAAAUCUGAGAAGCACAUGCCACUGCGUACCUAUUAGAGAGUAGUGGCCUGUCGGAAAGGACAAACAGGACCAUUAAGGCCCUUCUACAAUCGUUCAUCAGUGAGUCGACUGGAUGUUGGGAUAAUGCGUUACUACAAUGCUUCUUAGCUUAUUGCACACCAUUGCAUGGGUCUACAGGGUUUUCAAUCGUCACCCUACUUUGGCGCAUGAAUUACGUCUACCUGAAGGGAUACAAAUGCCCUCGUUACUAUAUGAGGCUCAAGAACACGUAUCAUACAUUCAUAUAUGAAUAAUAAUCUUCGUAGCUGUCUGGUCGACGCGUAGUGCCUGGUCAAAACCAGGAGGACUUAUGCGACCGAGGAAUUGACGGGCUGGUGUAAAAACUAGCGAUCGUGUUUGGCCUCACCUCCCUGUCUCCACCAAGAGCACGUAACAACUUCCACCAUCCUUGGGAAGGGCCUUACAAAAUUGUGCUUAUUCGACCUCCCACUACCUUUAUCUUACACAACCGUCAUCGGCCUUAAGACUACGUUACAACAGUACACUAUAACCAGUUGGAACCAGACCGAAAGAUGGUGCAUUCAGGUACCCAGUUUGUAAACCCUCAUCUGUCACCAGUUAUUACGAAAUACCAUCAAAAGAAGACAUAGCAUGUCCAUGUCCACAGUCAGACACUGAGGACAGUGCCUCAUGGAGAGAGAGGUUGUGUGGAAAUAUUCGAAAUCAUUGUGCAAUGUUAUUAAUGUGAGUUUGUUUUUUUCUAACAGGGCAACAAAGGGUAAAUAUUUACAUAUGUGCUGCAAGAAAAACAAGGCCUGGGUGAACUGGACUUGCAAAUAAUUUAUGAGACUUUUGUAAACAAGCUUUCUCUUUUGUAACAUAACCGCGUUAUCCGAUUUUUGAAAUAUAUACGUUAUUGCUGGCACGUCAUGUUUUUCCUCCGAUAUUCACUGGCCCUGGUCUGCAUGUUGUUGUUUUUAAAUCUCUCCUGCUUUCAAACAAACGCCAAUAAUACAUCGUUACAGUGUUAGUCGUUCCAAGGUAAACUUGGCGUUAUUGUUUUCUAACUCAACUUGGAAAGCUACAGCUAUAAGUGAAUUCUUUGGUUUAGUUUAUAGUCUAUUAGGUUGACACUGAUGGUGUACACCUUUAACUAUGCAAAGGUAUAUGCUUUCAUAAUACACGAAUAUAUUCAUGUAUAUAUACGUAUAUAUCCUGAAAAGCACAAGUGAAUUUGAUUUGCUUCUUAAAUACACACAGUUUUAUCUACAAAGUGAAAGCUGCAAUUUUUAUUUGCAGAUUAGCUAACAAUGACCAAAUAGCCGUUGAAUUUCAUUAUAUGUAAUAACUUAUGGCAAAGUAGUUUCGAUAAUAUAGUAACUCUUAGGGUGGAGUAAAACUGACUGUUACCAUACCACCAGACAGUCGUUGAUCGUUCACAUAUACUUAUUUCCAUGUAUAGUCAACAUAAGUAAAGGGAAGAUAACUACAGUUCACUAUAUAUUCUGGCUGUUUAUUUAGAACGAUGACUACAAAUUAAGGAUAUGCAGUGUUAAAUGAUACAGUAGUGCGUAAUGUUAACACGAAUUUAUUGUUUUAUCUUUUCCGUGUUUAGUUUACGACUAACAUGAGUAUUAUUUUCACUCCAUUACUAUACCCACUGUAAAGUGUGGGAGUUUAAACCAAUACAUAUUCGUGCUAAUUCCGUUGUCUUUUGUGUAAUCUGUUUUAUCCAAUUCAGGUUAAUGUACUCAGCGCCGAAUCACUGUUGGUAACUACCUGCUCUUAUUAUCACGGUUUAUCUUUUUCUUGCCAUUUGCAAUUGUACUUCAAAUUUUCUUCUCAUUACAAUAUUAAAUUGGAAGAUCACCACUUUGCCGAGUCUUUAUUAUUACUGUUUUUGAAUAUUUCCAGUUAGAAUGUCUCAUUCUCCUGAAAGUGCAAUAGUUCAUGAAAAUAUUGCGAAUGGUGGUACUGAAUUAGAAAAGAAAUUACUCAACUUGAAGCCUCCUUUUAAUGAUAUUGACGAUGUUUAUUUAUCCUCAAACUUCAACGAAUUAGAUCGUAGCUCACAUGUUUCAGUGGUCAUGUCGGAACGAGUUCAGUGUAUAGCUUCUGGUAUAUACAAAGAGUUUGAAACUAUGAUUGAGGCUUAUGGAUUACCCGUUGUUGAACGUUUAAUGCCAUUAAUAAUUAGUCUACUAGAAAAUUUGGAUGACCUAUAUAAAGAUCAAUCUGCAUACCACGCUGAAGUCAGACAAUUACGUGAAGAGAAUGAGCAUAUUUAUGACCAACUUACUGCUGAAAAGGCUGCUCGAAAACAGUCCGAAAUGCGUUUACUAAAUGCAGAGGAUGCUUUUGAUGAAGAGAGAAAGGUGAAUGAGGCAAAAAAUGAGUCAUUAUCCACAUCUUGUCGGCAAACGGAAUUGAGACUUCAGUUGGCUAAAGAUCAAGUUUCACGUUUAGAGGUAAAAGAACAAGAAUGGAAAAAAGAAGAGAAUCGUCUACAUGAACAUCUAAAUGAAUUAAUACGUUCUAAUGUUGAAUUAACUGAACAAAUCAAAUUUAUUAAUCAUAAUGACAAUAGUCAAGAACAAUCAAGAAAUACAUUGAAUAAUUCUAUUCAGAGAAAUUCACCACGUAAAUUAUCAAUGAAUUCAUCUAAGUAUAAUUUAACUGGAUCAACUAAUCAUGAUCAAGGCUCAACAAUAAAUGGAUCAUCUACAGUUCAUUCGAAUUCACUUGGUGUUGGCUAUGAUACUACUGGCGGUGGAUUUGAGUUUGAUGAACUCCCAAAUACUCUGGAGUCGGAAGGUGGUGGUCUAAAUGUCGACGAUGAUCUACCUGCUGGUAUGCGUAAAGAGAUUGAUGUAUUAAUCAAAGAGAAUAUGGAACUUGUUGAAAUGAAAAAUGCUCUCAAUGUUGUGAAAGACGACCUACUAGCCAGAAUUGACCAUUUAACAUCUGAGAAUAUAUCAUUACGUGAAUCAGUAGAUAUGUUAACUGAUUCACGUAUUCGUUUACAAAGUGAAUUAACUAAUACUGAUCAAUUAUUAAAUGAUGCACGUUCAGAAUUAAGUCAAUUAACUGAAAAAUUAUCAUUAUAUCAAGAUAAAACAAAUGUAGAAUCAACUAAUUCCGCUCAAGUUAAACGUUUUACACGAUCCGAAAUGGCACGUAUUCUAGCUGAACGUAAUCAUUAUAAAGAACGUUUAUUAGAAUUACAAGAUGCUGUACGUUUUACAGAAACUUUACGUGUCAGUCAAAAAGGACAUCGUGAACUAUUCAUGACUAAAACACCGACAAUACAACAAUAUAAAUUUGAUUCAAAUAGUCCAGUUAGUGGUCCAUUACAAAGUCUGCAAAAGUUCUUCUCAUCAUUUACUUCUGGUCAACGUUCUGAAAAUUCAAAUGAAUUAAUUCACAAUGUUGGAAAUGAGCUGUCAAUUCAUGGCACAGAUAAUUCCCUAUCAUGGAUUACAUUGUCAACAACAUGUGCUAAUUCCCCAAUUUAUGGGUGGGCAACUGGAAAACAAUCGGACCGUAAAUUCAGUUGUAAUAAUAAUAACAAUAAUAAUGGUGGUGUUAUUCAAAGUAACAAUGAUUUUGUUGAUGAUAAUGCACAUUCUAAUGUACCAGUCCCCAUUCAAUGUAGAACAAUUGGUGGUUUGCAUAAAAAAAACUUAGAGAUAUGUACAGCACUCACUGUUCCAACCACAUCCUUGGAUUGUAAUUCCAAAUCUAAAUAUCAUCUAUGGCUGAUUGGUCGUGGUGGUUCAGGAGAUUAUUCAAAUUCCAACGAUUCUUCAUUAUCAGUAAAUCGUGGUUAUCUUGGACAAGUGCACAUAUUUGAACCAACAAAAUUCACUCAACCUAUUAAUAGUUUUGAUUUAGAUAAUGGUUUCUUGCCGACAGCAGCUGUUUAUGUAAAAUACAAUGAAGCUGCAUCAACUGAUCCAUCCUCAAUGGAAUUAACCUCAAAUCAUGAAUACAUUGAAUUUACAUGGGAUAUCAAUGAAUCUUAUGAUAAUAAUAAUAGUAGUAAUAUGAAUGAGACAAUUUGUAAUAAGAAUAAUGAUGGUUGCGUAAUUUUAGCGUCAAAUGAUGGACGAUUUCUAGUUUAUAGAUUAUGUUAUAGCAUGAAGUCAACCAGUUCGUCUGAUGUGGCCGGAAAUAAUGACAAUAAUAAUAGUAAUUAUAGUGAGCAAAUUGUUUCAAGUCAUUUCAAUGUUGUUGGCUUACCACAAUUAAUAUAUCGAUUUAAAACAAAUAGUCAAGGUUUAGUGGCUAAUGGAAUGAUUUCACGUGAUAAUUAUGUGUGUAUUGGUCUAUUCAAUUCACUUGGUACAACUCAUAUUGUUUGCUUUCAAUGGCCAUUAACAUUUAUGCAAAAUCAACAUAAUCAUACCGUAAAUACAUCAUCUUCAAUGAUUACUUCUACAUCCAACAAAAUACAAACAAAACAUAAACUCAUUAAUUUACCGUAUGAAUCUUUAUCAACUGGUCCGUUAAUUAUGGCUUCUUCGUUUUCAUCCUCCACUUUGUCUUCUUCUAAUCCUUGUUCUACUGUGAUUGAGAAUAAUAUUUCAAUAAAUGACUAUAUUUGGCUUGGUACAGCUGGUGGUGGUCAUUGUUAUUGUUUAGCCGUCCAAUCUGGUGAUUUUAUAACAAGUUUAGCAUUACCAAAUGAAACUCCAUGUCUACAUGCAAUAUGCAUUAAACCGUCUACAACAGGAUUGUCCGACAUUGUUUGGUUAGCUGUAUCUGGCAAUCCUACAAUUUGUGCAUCAUGUGAGAAAAUUUCAACAUCUACAACCGAUAGUAAUCGUAGUAAUAUUGAUAAUAAAGACAUUGAUGAUGAUGUUAUCGUUAAUCAGAAAAAGUGUCAACAUAAUGUAAAUAGUGGAGUAAGUGUUGGAAUGGCACGUCUAUUAGGAUGUUGUCCUAAACAAAAGUGUAUUCUACGUCAAAUUGAUUUAACCAAUUCAUUGUCUUCAAUGUUAGAUAUGGAAAAUGUUACAGAUCCGAUUGAUUUAACUAUAUGUCGUCUACUUAUUAUACCACUGACUAGUGAUCAUGAAAUAUGGUUUGCUACUCGUUCUGGUCUUAUUGCUCGUUUACGUUUGGAUUACUCCAAAUAUAAACAUUCAUCAAAUGAGGUUGAAUUGUCCAAAACUUCUUCAAUAACAAUCAGUUGUCAUGGUUAUCGACGUCCUGUAUGCAAUUUACUAUUAAUUCAUCAAAUUUGUCAAAAAGCGAUUAACAAUGAAGAUUUGAGUUAUUUAAUUGUAUCAGUUGGACAUGAUUAUGUUGAUCUGAGACAAUUUCAAGAACAAUAUGAACAGAAAGAUGAACAACAAACUCAUUUUCCAGUUGAUCAAAUUUCUAGCAUGAGGAUUCGUGUUAAUCGUUCACGUCAAAUGGGUUCAGGUGCUCAUGCCAUUGUUUGGAGACUAACCGAUUUAUCCCAUUAAAUUAUCUAAAUAAUCAUUGUUCAGAACAACAUAUAUAAGCGAACAAUAUUGUUUUCGAUUAGAUCUUCAUCAGGCUUUACUCUAAUAUACAGUAAUGUAUUUAUAUGCAAAUACGAAAUUAUUAAACCAAUCAAGGUAGUUUAUGAGUCAAUGAUAAUAAUGGAAUAGAUUACAUAAUAAGUGAAAAGUAUAAAUUGAUAGUGUGAUAACAAGUGCACCGGUUAUCAUAAACUACCUUGAUUGUUUUAAUAAUUUCAUAUAUGCAUAUAAAUACAUUACUGUAUAUUAGAAGUAAAGCCUGAUGAGGAUCUAAUCGAAAACAAUAUUGUUCGCUUAUAUAUGUUGUUCUAAAUUUACAAUAUGGGAAUAUUUCAAAUUAUCACUGUUCUCAAUUUAUCUUGAUCAAAACACUUUCUUUAUUUCUCAGCUUUAUACUACUUAAAAAACUAAAAAGUAGUUCAACGUGCUUUAUAGGAUAAUUUCUCGUAACAACAAUAUAAUUGAUACAAAUAUAUUUUCUGUUCAUUCUAAUUCUAUUUACUAUCAUGAUAUGAUAGUGAAUCUUCUCAAUACAUUCAAAUAAAACAUUUUAACAUUGAGUAUUCACGAACUUACACUAUCUAAAGUAUAUUCAUCUGUUGUGCAUAGAUUAUUUCCUAUCACUUUGUCUAUUACUAAUCAGAUUAGUACUGAUUUGACUUAAACACCAAUUGUCAAUGAUAAAUCAAUUUGAUAAAACAAUUUAAUAUUUGUGAUAAAAGAGCACAAUUCCAAUGAAGGACCUUUUUGUGUCUUUCUUUUAUUAUUAUUAUUAUUAUUAUUAUUAUUAUUAUUAUUAUUAUUAUUAUUAUUAUUAUUAUUAUUAUUGAUGUCGAUAUAUCUUCAACCGUUAUCAUCGUUGUUGUUGUUGUCGUCAUUGUUGCCAUCGUUGUUGUGCAAUAAUUUAUUUAUUUCUUCUUCUCUCUAUCUCUGCAUUUAAGCAUAUGCUUUUCUUGUUUUUGCUAAUUAUAAUUUUCUUUCAGCAUUAUUUUUUUUGAUGAGUUCAAUGUUCAAAUGAGUGAUAUUUUGUCGUUUGUACUUUUUUUUUAUUGAAAAAAGCAUUUAAUUUGUAAAACUCAGCUACGAAGUAAAACAGAUUAGUGUUCAUCUAGUUCUUGUCGCUAAUCGACAUAUCAAUUAAAUUAGAACAUGGAUUCUUAGUUAUGUAACCGUUAUUGCUACCUUGAUGUGGUGGUCGGGCUUGCCUAUUGUGACGAACCAAUCGAGCUAUAUUAGCUGGAACAAUCGUUCUCCAGGGUCCUACCAUGCCAGAGAACGGUAAGAUAAAAAGCAGCGAACCAAAGAUCUGAUGGCGAAGUCGUAAUUCUGACUGUACAGAGAUGUGACAGCAGUAAGGUGUUUCCUUCAGACAACCAGCAUGACAGUGAUGCUGCCUUCUCACAAGGACGGGUGGGGUUAGAAAAUGUCGACCCAAAAAUGCAAAAAACGCCUUAUCCCGCGGAUAUCCGUCCUCGGCGAUAAGGUCACAACAAGUACGAAGCAAACACAAGAAUUACUCAUAGAAAGGUCUCGUGUGACCGACCUCAGGUCUUUAAGUUCACAUUUAAUCCAAUUUCCCUUUCCGGUGCCCUCGGAAGGAAUCUUCCACGGUGUGCGCAACCGGGAAGUGAUAACCGCCCUCAUACUUCCAACAGCACUCGAGACCAUUAUAUUUAUAAUCAACCUCUUUUUUAGUUCUUAUUAUUCCUCCUACAUCGAAUUUCAACUCUAAACUUCCUCUUUUUGCUUCUUUCUCAAGUGUCACCAUAGCC